GUCCCACCCUUUCCGUCUGAGUAAGCUAGGGGACUUCCGCUGCUUCCUCAAACAUGGCGACUUCUAGGCUAGAAAUUAAUUUUAUUAGAUUAUUGUCCCGGUGCGAAUCUAUCGCAUCGGAGAAACGGGGGGAAACUGAAUGGAGACUAGAAAAGUAUGUUGGUGCACUUGAAGAGAUGCUGGUGGCUUUGAAGAAGAGCUCUAGUAAACCUACCCCAGAGAUAUUGACAGACUACAGUCGAAAAGUGGAUUUUCUUAAAGGACUUUUAGAAGCUGAGAAACUGACAUCCCCAACCGAGAAAGCUCUUGCCAAUCAGUUCUUGGCCCCUGGUCGAACGCCCACCAUAGCCAAUGAGAGGAUGCCAGCCAGCAAGACGGUGCACAUGCAGACGAAAGCACGCUGCACCGGGGAGAUGAGAAACGAGCUGAUGGGAAAUGGGUCGUCAAGCACAGACGGUAAAGAAACAGACUUACGACAGAGAAGGGGCCUGCCGGUGGACGAGAAGCAGUCGGCCGCGGAGCUGGACGCCGUGCUCCAGCACCACCACAACCUCCAGGAGAAGCUGGCCGAGGACAUGCUCAGCCUGGCUCGCAACCUGAAGAACAACACACUGGCCGCCCAGAGCAUCAUCAAGCAGGACAACCAGACCCUGAAGCAGUCGAUGAGGCACGCCGACCUGAACUUCGAGAAGCUAAAGACCGAGUCGGAGCGCCUGGAGCAGCACACCAAGAAGUCCGUCAACUGGUUCCUCUGGCUCAUGCUCAUCCUGGUCUGCUUCACCUUCAUCAGCAUGAUCCUCUUCAUCAGGAUCUUCCCCAGGCUCAGAUGAUGAUCCUCGCCGUCGGUCCCGCUGUGCCGCGGAUCGCCGCUGCGUGUGUCUUUCAUAUGUAGGGAGGGUGGCCAAUCGGGAACGGCAGGCGCUGCAUGAUCUUACCGCCAGAUGAACCGGGGCGUAACAGAUAGCCUUAACAGGGAUCCAUUGUUGUCUGUUAGCAGUUUGCGGUAACUUGGCCCCGUCUCUAGUCGAGAUUAAGAUGUCAUUGACUGCAAACAGUGUGAGUCAUGCCGUUGCUCAUGUUUCUGCGGAAGCAGGCUGAAUGGUUUCCCCCAGUCAUGCCUCAGAUAGUCCCGCCCUCCUCCUGGAGCGCUCGUAGGACAGGUAGAGCAUCAACCUAAAUAUACCUCCUCUAGUGUUUGUUUGUCAUUAUGUUCCUUCUUUGAUUAGUGUCAGUAUGAGUAGGGAACUGACUGCCCGUGCACUCUUCGUUUUAGUACGACUGCACGUGCAAAGCUGAUUAAAUGUUAACACGAAUGACGCUGCAUCUGACCGACGAGAUUUCAUCUCUGCUUGUGCGAUUGUGUUUGUGACACUCGACUGUCCUGUAUUUCGACGUUGGGAAAAUGACAGAAAACACGCAUAAGUAUCGGCUGAUUUUAUUUAAUUUUUUCCUGUA